UGGGACUUCCUGUCUAUCGUUGACAGGCACCCGGCUGCAGAUCUGGUGGGAAGAUCGCACAGGAGGGCUCCGCCCCCAGCGUCCCGUGGCCAUGACGACCGCCCCUCGGGACUCCUUGUUGUGGAAGCUCGCGGGGCUGCUGCGGGAGUCUGGGGAUGUGGUCCUGUCUGGCUGUAGCACACUGAGCCUGCUGACUGCCACACUGCAGCAGCUGAAUCACGUAUUUGAGCUGUACCUGGGGCCAUGGGGCCCUGGCCAGACAGGCUUUGUGGCUCUGCCCUCCCACCCCACCGACUCCCCUGUCAUCCUCCAGCUUCAGUUCCUCUUCGAUGUGCUGCAGAAAACGCUUUCACUCAAGCUGGUUCAUGUCCCCGGCCCUGGCGUCCCAGGGCCCAUCAAGAUUUUCCCCUUCAAGUCCCUUCGGCAGCUGGAGCUUCGAGGUGUCCCUAUCCACUGCCUCAGAGGCCUCCGUGGCAUCUAUUCUCAGCUGGAGACCCUGAUUUGCAGCAGGAGCAUCCAGGCGUUAGAGGAACUCCUCUCAGCCUGUGGUGGUGACCUCUGCUCUGCCCUGCCCUGGCUGGCUCUGCUUUCUGCCAACUUCAGCUACAAUGCACUGACUGCCUUAGACAGCUCCCUGCAUCUCUUGUCAGCUCUACAUUUCUUGAACCUGAGCCACAAUCAACUCCAGGACUGCAAGGGCUUCCUGAUGGACCUGUCUGAGCUCUGCCAUCUGGACAUUUCCUAUAAUCGCUUGCGUUUGGUACCGCGAAUGGGACCCUCAGGGUCUGCUCUGGGGACCCUGAUACUGCGAGGCAAUGAGCUCCGUAGCUUGCAUGGCCUGGAGCAGCUGCGGCACCUGCGGCACCUGGACUUGGCAUACAACCUGCUGGAAGAACACAGGGAGCUGUCGCCCAUGCGGCUGCUGGCCGAGCUGCGCAAGCUCUACCUGGAGGGGAACCCUUUGUGGUUCCACCCGGCGCACCGAGCGGCCACCGCCCAGUACUUGUCACCCCGAGCCAGGGAUGCUACUCCCAGCUUCCUUCUUGAUGGCGAGGUCUUGUCACUGGCUGAUUUUCAGACCUCCACAUCCUCAGAGGCCCCACCUCUGUCCUGGCCGGUGGGGAGUACCACUGAAACCUCAGGUGGUGCUGACUUGAGUGACAGCCUCUCCUCAGGGGGCGUUGUGGCCCAGCCCCCACCUCGUAAGGUUAAGAGCCGAGUUCGUGUGAGGCGGGCAAGUAUCUCGGAACCCAGCGAUACGGACCUAGAGCCCCGGACUCUGGACCCCUCCCCAGCUGGAAGGUUUGUGCAGCAGCAUCGGGAACUUGAACUCAUGAACAGCUUCCGGGAACAGUUUGGCUGUGAUUGGCUGCAGUAUAGGAAUCACCUGGAGACCUCUGGGACUUCUGUUGUGGCUAACUCCAAGACCCCUGCCCUCAGCACACUGUCCCCAGACACCCUGAGCCCAGAGACUGUGCCCAGCCCUCCCACUGGCCCUCUGCCCUCAGAAAUGAAGUCAGUACAGGAAGUGGCAGAGGUCAGGGUGGGGCCAGAGCCACAGGAGGAAGAGGAGAUGGAAGGGGAAGGAAAGGAGGAAGAGGAGGAGCAGGAGCAGAAUGAAGUGGAAGCGGAGCUCUGUCGCCCCAUAUUGGUGUGUCCCCUGGAGGGACCUCAGGGCGUGCGGGGCAGGCAGCGCUUUCUCCGGGUCACUUCUGGCCACCUCUUUGAGGUGGAGCUCCAGGCAGCUCGAACCCUGGAAAGGCUUGAGCUCCAGAGUCUGGAGGCAGCUGAGAUAGAGUCCGAGACCCAAACCCAGAGGGAACCGGCGCCUGAGGACUCUGAGCUGCCCUCUGGGGCCCCCGUCCUUGCUCUGCGCUUCUCUUACAUUUGCCCGGACCGGCACUUGCGUCGCUAUGUGGUGCUGGAGCCUGAUGCCCACGCAGCUGUCCAGGAGCUGCUUGCUGUGUUGACCCCAGCAGUCACUGAGGCUCAGCAUCAGCUUGAAGAAGCGAGGGACCCACUGGGGGACAGACUCCAGUGUCUACGUUGUGGUCAUGAGUUCAAGCCAGGGGACAGCAGGUUGAGACUGGACAGCGAGGAAAGCUGGAGGCCUCUGUUCCAAAAUACAGAAUCACCUGCUGUGUGUCCAAACUGUGGCAGUGACCAUGUAGUUCUCCUGGCUCUGUCUGCGGGAGUCCUCAACAGGGAGCAGAGACAGGAGGAGCAGCUGCCAGCUCCCUCACCGGCCCCCAGCACUGUCUGUGAUCCUCCUGGCCACAGUGACCACAGCAACAGGGCUGACAGUGCCCCAUCUCAGGCACUGGUCUCCCAUGACGGCCACAGGUGGAGCCUCAGUCCCCCCCCUGAACGCUGUGGCCUCCGCUCUGUGGACCACCGACUCCGGCUCUUCCUAGAUGUUGAGGUGUUUGCCGAUGCCCAAGAGGAGUUCCAGUGCUGCAUCAAGGUGCCACUUUUGUUGGCAGGCCACCCUGGAGAGUGUCUGUGUCUUGUGGUAGUUUCUGACCACAGGCUCUAUGUGUUGAAGGUGACAGGGGAGAUCUGCGGGCCUCCAGCUAGCUGGCUGCAGCCAGCCCUGGCUGUUCCCUUGCAGGAUCUGAGUUGCAUAGAGCUGGGCCUGGCAGGACAGAGCCUGCGGCUGGAGUGGGCAGCUGGGGCGGGCAGCUGUGUCCUGCUGCCCCGAGAUGCCAAGCGUUGCCGGGCCUUCCUAGAUGAGCUCACUGAUGUUUUGCAGUCUCUGCCCCCAACCUGGAGGAGCAAUGUCAGUGCCACGGAGGAAGAGGUGACCCCAAAGCACCGACUCUGGCCACUGCUGGAAAGAGACUCUUCUUUGGAGCCUCCCCGGUUCUUCUACCUUCGGGUGUUCCUGGUUGAAGGUGAGGCCUCUGGACCCCCAUCUUGCCCUGUGUCCCUUCUGCUGACUCUGUCCACCCUGUACCUGUUAGAUGAGGACCUCAAAGGGUCCCAGGCAGAGGCCCCUCUUCCAGCAGCAUCUGGUGAAGCCUCUGAGAAAGCCCCGCCCUCAGGGCCAGGCCUUUCUCUGUGUGUCAGGGAGCAGCAGCCGCUCAGCAGCCUGAGCUCGGUGCUGCUCUAUCGCACGGCCCCAGAGGACCUGCGGCUGGUCUUCUAUGAUGAGGUGUCUCGGCUGGAGAGUUUUUGGGCGCUUCGCGUUGUGUGUCUGGAGCAGCUGACGGCCCUGCUGGCCUGGGUCCGGGAGCCCUGGGAGCAGUUGUUUUCCAUUGGACUCCGAACUAUGACCCAGGAAACUCUAGACCUUGACCGCUAAGGCCUUCCCUGGCCUCAGGAGCCGUGGUUGCAGAUGUUCUCUCUCCAGACUCCGGCUGUGGACUUCCCCGGCCUUUGAGCCCUGGCCAGAGAGGCCCAAUAGGACCCACAGCUCCAAGGACGGGUGAGAGAAGUGGCUGGGCCUCCGGAUGAUCUGGCCCGAGGGGACAGGCUAAGUGGUCAGUAGGACUGUUUGUGCUGCACUUUUUCUCAGGUAUCAAUAAAGCCGUUUUCAUUCUA